AUGGGUCGAUUUCGUUCGGGCUACCGUCAGCCCUCAUCACUUCUGUAUGUGGGAAGCACUGCUGUCGGUGCAGCCAAGCGGCAUUUGAACCGCAUGGCAGUCUACAGAAGACUUCAAAGAACCGAAUUUGUGGAUGCAGAAUUGUCCCUGAGAUAUUGGGCAUCCCAACACAACCUUUUCCAGUUUGUGCUUGUUCCGCUGGAAUUUUGUGACAGCUACCAGCGAGCUUGGACUGUUGAGCACGAACUCAUUGCUCAAUGGCAGGCACCUUUGAAUUAUCCCAGAGCAAUGUCUCUCAUUAAGAAGACCGCUCUCGGUUUCCGAAUUUCGUCCAAACGCAGAGGGUCAUUGUAUUGCACCUUUGGCCUCCGACUUUGGCGCAAACUGCGAAAGCGCAUGUUUGGUCGCAGUUCGAAAUUCUUCAUUCAUGACUCUCGGGAGUUAGCCUGGGGGCUUCUGUUUAAGCUGGCAUCGAGAACCCGAGCAUCCUUUGAAACAGCGAAGCUGCUCCGAUCCAACAAGACGGCUGACGAGGAAGUGUAUGCCCUCAUCAAACUCAGUCGCAAUAUCGAAAACCCUCAUCGCAACAGGGUGCAAGGAAUACUCAAAGGUGUAGCCAAGUUUCGCAAGAAGAUGCACUGGCCACGGACUUCCCGACCUUUGGGAGUCCUGCCAACUGCGUCUCCUUCGUUUUCCAAGGAGUGCGAGAAGUGGUUAAAAGACCUCAUCCUCCGGUACAAGUAUCUUUUUCCAUCUUUUCAUGUUCCAAAGAACAGCCUACGUGAAGUUCCGCACCAGAGUAUCAAGAAAUUUCUCCACAACUUCCGAUCUUGGGAAGAAACGAUGUGGGAGCACGACUUUGAUUUGGAGUCGGUGCACUGUCCGUGUGAGCAGUUUGCAGGAAAACUUCCUGCUCAUUGCUUCGUGUCUGGCCACGUAGCCACAGGUUUGGAGAACCUGACCAAGCUACUACCAGGCUGUUCGAGCAUCUUAUCGGCCAGUGCCGCGAGCACCUUUUUCCCAGGCCGCAAUCACUGGAUGGCCAAGUCCAGAGCUCUGUUUGAUCAGUGGCUCAAGAGACACAAGCUACCAGCGACGUUGCAUCCAAUUUUUCAAUCCUUUUGUGACCACCAGUGGCAGCAACAUGUUGCAGCCCUGGAACAAUCAGACAGACUACACUGGGCUUUGGUACAGAAGGUGAAGUCUGCCUUGCACUCAGAUUUUGUUCUGUACAACGAAGAUCAUCAUCCGAAUCAUGUCGUGUGCUAUUGUCCUCGCUUCUUCCUUCGAGGAGUUAGCACCACAUGGAACGAUCCCUCUGUGUUUCGUACUCUUGAUGGUACCCCUGAAGAAUGGAGACAGCGCAUUUUGGAGCGCGUUCCUCGAGAUCUGUCCAGAAGAUACGCCUGGGCCUUCAAAGAAACAGCUCCGCUGCCUCAAGGCACUGUGUUCCUGAAACGGAAGAAACAGUUUGCCAAGGGACGGACCAUCAUUUCGUAUUCCAAUUCGUUGUGCAGCAAGCUAUUGGAGCUGACCUCCAUUGCGUUAACCUUAAUGGUCAAGACGCUGUUUGCUGACAGCCCAGGCAUGCAGAGCAUGCCACAACUCUGGAGGUCUCUUCAUGCUUAUUGGGCGAAACCCAGCCAAGAGGAAGACGUCGAAUGGAACGACGAUCUCGUGGGAUUUUUCAAUGCAGUUCCCCGAAAAGACAUCAUGCACGCAGUGCAUUUGAUUGUCCAAGAAUACUGCCAAACUUCUGGCUGUUCGAUCCUCUCGAUCGAUAUGUUGUCAAAAACGGGACACCCGGGCAAACCUCGGGGGAGAACGAAAUCAAACUUAAAGAGGUGUUGGGUUUCUGAUGUUCCGCUGAUUGUGGAUCUAUCCUUCGCCACGGGAGUUUUUACAGCUGCUGGAAAGUGCAGGCAGCAAGUGGAGGGGACGUGUAUAGGCAAUCAAAUAUCGCCGAUCCUCUCCGGACUUCCUGUACUCCUGGCCGAGCGGCAGUUUUUGCAAUCUUUGCCGACGGCCAUCCAAUCGUCUUUCUUGUUUCUCCGUUACGUCGAUAACAGACUGAUUCUGGGACCUCAGAAAAUUCUACUGUCGUCCCAACUCCGGAGAUUCUGCGAUCCUAACUUUUAUGAUGGGAUUCAGUUGGAAACUGUGUCAGACCAUCAAUGGUUGGGUUUUACCAUUUGCGCCAAGACUCGCUCAGCAACUUUUAAUCUCCCGGAGCAACCAUGGCAGAUCCGCUCGCCCAACAGCGCUGGAUCGUGGCAGCUGGCAGCCUCGGGAUACUUUUCUCGAGCAUCUUUGAUUCGCCAGUACUCCUGGCCCCCCGAGUCAAGACCGGGACAACUUCGCAGACUCAAGCAACUGUAUGUACAGGCAGGUUUUCCUCUACUGAUUCAGUACCAUAGCUGCAUUGGUUUUCAGCUGGAUAUCGGCCUGUUGGAGGAAUAUUUCAACCCAGAGCCAUGGCCCAGCAAUACCAUUUUCACUUCUACGGAGGACCCCCUGGAGUGCAGACUUCAAGCGGACCGCAACCUCCGGUUACAAUUCUUUCGACUCCUCAGGAAGCUAGCAGAGCUCGGUCGGUUUCGGUACACCCACCACCUCGAGCUCCGCUUCCAAUUCAACUCACACCGGGGGAGCCGGCCAAGUCUACUCACCCCAGCCGUGAGCGUCAUGAUCGCAGUCGCUCGAGACGACGACGGCGUCGACAUCAUCGGCAUGAACGUCACCCUGAGGGACCUCCCGCGGCCUCAGUUCGACCAGUUCUGCCCCCCCCUCAGCCUCCUACUCGACCACCAACAAGGUCGGUCAGUGCUGUUCCUCCGAUGCGCCCACCUUUUCUCUCAAGCAGCUACUGAUGCAUUACAUCAAGCUGCUCAAGCUUUUAGAGCUCCCGGCAAUGCACAAAGCAAACCGGAGACAGGCCCGAUUUUGGAGAACAAGGAGCCUGUCGCGGCAGCUGUCUCACCGGAGUUUCACAAGAACACGUCGCCCAAGACACCUCCCAAGAAUCCGGCUCCAAAGAGCCCAGUUCCUCCGGCUCAAUCCGGUUUGAUUUCUGUUGAUGAGGAACAGCUAUUUCAUGCUGCUCAUCGCAGCAGCUAUGAACAACUGCGAGAGCAAAUCACAGCUCGAGCCAAAGGCCGCAAUGCUGUCGAUUUCUAUGAGGAGGGAAUGAGUUCUCUCUUGGCGUAUAUGUUCUUUGUUUUGCAUUAUCAUGAGAAUUUUCUCACAACUGAAGGCUUGCAUACGUGGCCUAUUAUCCCACAUUCUCAUAUGCGAAGAUUCACUGAUCGCAUCACUUUUACUCGGCAACGUUCAUUGCCAGUUUCCAAAAUCCUCAAAGAGGAUGUUGAGGAUGUGCUGAAAUUUUUGUUGACCCGAUUUGGCCAGGCAGACCGACCUUUUCUGCCUGUGAUUCCUAUUGGCCAACGGGAGAUUGUCACUCUUGCCCGGUCCAUUUUGGCCAGCAAGAUACCAUAUAAGGCAAUUUUUCAGCAUGAUGCCAAGGCGUAUGCCAUGCCCCAAGAAGCAUUGCAUGUUUGGGAGUUUCCAGUGGCACAUAUGCCAGGACCUGAAGAGCAGACCAACUGCUAUUAUCUUGGGGACACGGGACCACGGCCGAAGGCCUGGGUCAUUCGCUCUAGCGCCGAAGCUGUACAUGUGGCGCCGCACGAUCAUGUGUGCUCCUUUUAUGGCAAAGCCACACAAAACGUGUACUAUGAAGAGAGCAAGUUAGACUUCGUGUCAAAACUGCACCACUCCACGAAGAAUUCCGCAGGAGUGGUCGUUGGAGGAUAUCUUGGAUCUGCGCAUCACAAAUCCAAAUCCUCCAGUACUGUACAUGAAGGACACUUGUGCAAGUUCCACCCGCUUGUACACUCCCCUUCAGGAGAUAAGCGCUGGGCGGUACGUGAAGCCGCAGGGCGCAUCGACAAAAUUUGGAUUUUGUCAAGCACCCACUCCAUUACGUUGCCGAUGUCCACCCCCAACAAUCCCCGGCCGAUUACUUUUGAAACGGGGGAAGGACAGGAUUGGGGAGUGAGCUGGCCGGGCUUGGAGUACUCUGUACGAAGCACCGAAGCUUUACCGGUAUCCGAUGUACAGAGAGAGGCUUAA